CAGGAAAGCUGAGGUGAAGGUCACCAGUUCUCGGAGGGACGACAGGACAGAAGUGUUGGCUUUCCAACUCCCCUGGAAGUAGAGGACCGCCCCUCCCCCUCCUCCAGCCCCACCUCCGCUGCCUGACGUCCACCUCUGGGCUCCUACCUGAGUGCUUCCGAGUUAGAUGGCUGAUAAGCAGAUCAGUCUGCCAGCCAAGCUCAUCAAUGGCGGCAUCGCUGGGCUGAUCGGGGUCACCUGCGUAUUCCCCAUCGACCUGGCCAAGACGAGGCUGCAGAACCAGCAGAAUGGCCAGCGCCUGUACACCAGCAUGUCUGACUGCCUCAUCAAGACCGUCCGCUCAGAGGGCUACUUCGGGAUGUACCGCGGAGCCGCCGUGAACCUGACCCUCGUCACCCCGGAGAAGGCCAUCAAGCUGGCAGCCAAUGACUUCUUCCGAUAUCAGCUCUCCAAGGACGGGUGAGAGGCUCUGCCAGCUGCUGGGGGCCAGGGUCGUGAGGGGGAGGGAUCUGUGCUUCCAGACAAAGGAUGAAGGCUCUGUCCUCCUGGGGGCCCCUCACCCUGACCUUGCAGGGCCUCCUCUUCCUCUUCCUCCCCUCUCCUCCUCCUCCC